AAGUGAUCAAUCAUGAUAAUCCUUUCGAUACUGGGCUUAUCCCUUGUUUUUAGUGCAAUUUCAGCAGAAUUGGAUUGGUGGGAGACAAGUGUUUUGUACCAAAUCUUUCCACGAUCAUUCAAAGACUCUGAUGGAGACGGUAUUGGUGAUCUGAAUGGAAUAAUCGAGAAACUUGACUACGUCAAAGAUCUAGGAGUUGACUCAAUUUGGAUUCAGCCAGUUUAUAGAUCUCCCAUGGUGGAUAUGGGGUAUGACCCCAUAUCCAUGAGAGAAAUCGAUCCAGUAUUUGGAACAAUGGAAGACAUGAAAGAACUAAUUCAAAUAGCACACGAAAAAGGAUUAAAAAUAGUGAUGGAUUUCGUGGUAAAUCAUGUGAGCGACGAAAGCGAGUGGUUUAAACGCUCCGUGAAUGGAGAGGAGCCGUACACUGAUUAUUUUGUAUGGCACGACGGCAAGGAAAUCAACGGCACCCUCAGAGUUGAGCCGAAUAACUGGGUAAGUAUGUUUGCUGAAAGUGCUUGGAGCUGGAAUGAAAAACGGCAACAGUACUACUUACAUCAAUUUCACGCGAAACAGCCGGAUUUGAACUACCGUAAUCCUAAAGUACGUGAGGAAAUGAAGGAUCUAUUUAAAUUCUGGUUGGACUUGGGGGCGGACGGUUUCCGGAUUGAUGCUGUGUCGUUUUUAUUUGAAGCAGAACAUUUGCUGGACGAGCCGGUAAAUAAUAGUACUUACGGUGGUUAUUGGGGCCAACGUAGACACAUUUAUACGCAGCAUUUGCAAGAAAAUAUGAUUUUAGUGCACGAAUGGCGAGAAACUCUGGAUGGAUACAAAAAACGGGACGGUAAAACCAGAUUGCUAUGCGUCGAGGACAUCAACCCAGCCAAAUUUUUGUUCCAAUAUUAUGGGAACGAGACAUUUUUAGCAGCUCAUUUUCCUUUUUACAAUGGUUUGGUAUUAUUGGACUACAAGAAGAGUGCAACAAAGCUGGAUAAAGUUAUUCAUGAAUUAGUCGACUAUCUACCGAAGAAUCGUCUACCUCUUUGGGUGACGGAAUCCCACGAUUUCCCAAGAGUAAGCUCACGUUUUGGAGCUGAUGCUGUAGAUGCUUUCAAUAUGCUGAAUUUGCUUUUGCCAGGGUCGGCAUGCGUUUACUACGGUAGUGAGAUAGGGCUCGAAAACAGCUUGGUCAGGGAGGACCAGAGCACAGACGAAGCCGCCUCUGUAGUUCAUUUCGAUCGAGAUCGAUGUAGAGGACCAAUGCCUUGGGAUGACACAAAAAAUGGAGGUUUUACGAGAAAUAAAAAUCCAUGGACACCUCUAAGUUCCAAAUACUGGUACAAUAAUGUAAAAGCACAGUCAGAAGAUUCCGAAAGUCAUCUUAAAAUUUUCAAGCGCCUGAUGACAUUGAGGGAUACGUCUGCCGUAAAGUACGGAGACCUCCGGACGCAUGUUGUCGUUACUUGGACUUACAUGUUUACGAGGAAUACGAAUAAUGACUCGAUUGCUGUUGUGAUAAACCUUGGGUCAGAAUCGGAACAAAUUUGCUCUGAGGAUUCCAAUUUUGACUUGCCUGAGAUAAUGUUUGUCCACACGGGAAGCUUAAACUCUGGCUUUAAAAUAGGUGACGAGGUCAGAAUCAUAAGCGCCGAAGGACACUCCUGUGCUGAACUGCGGCCCAAAGCAGGAUUGGUCAUGACUACUUAUCCAACCAGUGCCGCAAUAGUUUGGAGUGCAGCCUCAUGGUUACUUUUUCUUGCAGUUGGAACGCUCACUCUCUGUCAAACAAGAUUCUGCCAAUAAUGCAAGGACGUACGAGUAUUCCUAACUUAGAUAAGAAACUUAUUACCUGAAGGAGUUUAUGGA